GUAAGCCUGGCUGCGGAAUGUUGCUGGCUGGACAGUAAAGGCUUGUGCUCCGACACCGUCUCUGACCCAUGGACUCAGGGAGAGGUAGGGAGCGGCUCUGGAGAGCGGCCGCACGGAGAGCUCCUUGUGCGGACUGAGGAGCCGGGAGCGCUCCGGGGAGGAGAGGCGGCCAGCCCACGGCACUGGGCAGGUAAUUCUGGAUUGAGUAAUGGCUGCGAUCUGGGUCACUUGGUUCUUCCUGACUGUGGCUGUCAGUAACACUGCCUACUCCUCAGAUGGGCCAAAAAUCACAGAAUGUCACUCAGCUGAUCAGGAGACGUUCACAUGUAGCUGGAAUGUGGGAAACUACCAGAACUUGACAGAACAUCAUCAACUAAAAUUCUUUUAUACAAAAGGAGAAAGCCGUGACUGGAGAGAAUGCCCAACAUACGUCAACAGAGAAACCAGUUGCUAUUUCAAUCAAUCGUACACUUCAGAGAUGGAGUACUGUGUGCAUCUGAAAUCUGACAAUAUCACACAUGAACAGCGGUGUUUUACAUUCAAUGAUAUUGUGAAACCAGAUGCUCCAAUCUCAUUGAACUGGGCUCUCUUGAACAUCAGCCAGUCGGGAUUAUUCAUGGAUAUUCAAUUAUGGUGGGAAGACGUGGUGAAUUCAGAGCCCAGUGCAGGGUGGACUCCUCGCCGGUACGAAAUUCAGUAUAAACCCCGAGACGCAGAGCUCUGGCAAUCGAUUGAAACCUUGCCACACCAGCAUCCACCACAGCCACUCUACAACUUUGCAACAGGGAAAGAGUAUGUGGUCCGAAUCCGAAGCACAUAUCCCAACAUCGGCAAUUUCAGCGAAUUUAGCAACAUUUUAAAAGUGUUCCUUCCAGUAUCACAAUCAGUAGAAGUCCCUUUGGAAAGGCCAAGGAUAACAGAAUGUCGCUCACCAGAACAGGAGACCUUCACGUGCAGGUGGAGUGUUGGAAACUAUCAGAAUCUGACAGAGCGAAUGCGACUCAGAUUCUUUUAUACAAAGGGGAAUAAUGCUGACUGGAAAGAAUGUCCCAAAUACAUGCACAAUGGAAGCAUCUGCUACUUCAACCAAACCUACACCUCAAUCUGGAUUUCGUAUUGUGUACAGCUCAAAUCAGAGAUUCAGGAUCAGAACAUCACUUUCGAUAAACGCUGCUUCUCCAUUGAUAACAUUGUGAAACCUGAUCCUCCGAUUGCACUGAACUGGACUCUGCUGAAUAUCAGUCAGUCAGGGCUGCUCGCUGACAUCCAGGUUUUGUGGGAAGCGCCACCUACUGCUGAUAUUAGGAAUGGAUGGAUAUCUCUCAAGUAUGAGAUACAAUAUAAAGCCAGCGAGAGUAACCAUUGGGACUCGAUUGAGGCCUUUUCAACCUCUCAUCCAGUUUAUGCACUCAGUACUGGCAAGGGUUAUGAGAUCAGACUCCGAUGUAAACAGAUUGCCAAUGGAGAUUUUAGUGAGUUCAGUGACUUGGUGUAUGUCUUCAUUCCUGCACCCCGAUUGGCAGAAGAGUCAGGAAUCUUGUUCAGGCUAAUCCUGGUCCUUGGUUUCCUGGGCACGGCCUUGAUGAUACUAUUAAUCCUAUUUGCUAAGAGCCCACGACUGAAGCUGUUUUCCCUGCCUCCUGUUCCUGUACCCAAAAUCAAUGGAAUUGAUACUGAUCUUCUUAAGAAGGGUAAAAUAGAUGAAGUCAACUCAAUUUUUGCAAAUCACCUGAGCUAUAAGCCUGAUCUAUAUAUUGAUGACCCUUGGGUAGAAUUCAUUGAUAUUGACCUUGAUGAUCCAGAUGGAAAGAUGGAAUUAUUGGACACAGAUAGACUUCUUGGCCAUGACCAUCCAAAGUCUGACAACUGCCUUAGUGCCAAGGACGAUGACUCUGGCCGUGACAGUUGUUACGAACCAGAUGUUCCUGAAGAUGGCACUGUAGCUAAACAAAAUGUCAGUGAGUUUAGCAGUCUCCAGCUGGAAGGCAGUGAAAGAAAAGAAGACAUCAAGAGCGAUACUGGAGCUCCUGUAAGUAUUUCAGGUACAGAUGUCAAACAGAGCCAGCAGCCAGAUGGUGAAGCAUGCAAGUGCAGGAAAAUACAACUGGUCACCACAGACAGUAUUUUCUCAACUGCAGCUCGAAGUGAACCACCUCUUCACAGCCAACUCAGUAACCACAGCUCAUUUGGGAAAAUGGACUUUUAUGCGCAGGUAAGUGACAUCACUCCUACAGGAGGUGUCCUCCUUUCCCCAGGGCAGCAGAACAAGCUGAAGGUGUCCCUGGCCAAAGAAACCUCACUGGAUCCAAAGGCAAAUCAGAAUACCAAACCAUUAGACAGUGCCUACACAUCUGAGGUUGAUGCAAAGCAGUUAUGUGCCAUCAGCUUGAACAACAAACGCCUACCAGAUGCAGCAGAAGAUCUUAAGCUAAGCAAUUAUUUCACUGCAGAAAGCCUUGAAAGUGCCACAGUUGGUACUUGUAAACAAACAGAAAUCGUGAGGCAGCCAACAAUACCUGUCCCAGACUAUACCUCAAUACAUAUGGUGGACUCCCAGCAGAGCCUACUGUUGAACCCAAAUGUGCUGCCAAACAAGAAUCAACCCACCCUAGCUGGAUAUCUGAUGCCUGAACAACUUGGUAAUGUCAUCCCCUGACUUCAAAAGUCAUGAAAUGUAGACUACAUCAUUGUCAGCCUCUGUCAGUGCUAUCACACAGACCAUGUGUUCAAUGAUUUGAGUAAUUUUCCCCAAAAUACAGAAGAUGGUACAACUGUUAUGAAAAUUAUGUUUGAUAAAUUAAGACUAAGAAUUAUUUUGAAAUGUCAGCUAUAUUUGUUAAUGUGAUAUAAAAUCCUGUAUUUUUAUAAAACAGAAACAAUUUCUAAAGUUAAACCAGUGCCAUGAAAAAGGAGAUGAAUAUGAUUGGAAGAGUGUUAUCUGUCACAAAGACCGAAACACUCUUCUUCAGCAACUCUGAAGUCCUUGGAAAAGUCUGUACUCUCAUAAACUGGUCAUUUAAUUUCCAGAAUCAAUAACUGUGUUGCUUCUUCAAAGCUGUAUCCAAAAGGAAUUGGGAAUGGUCCAAUAUUAGAAAUGCUUGUACUGUGUCAUCACUUGUACCAAAGGGGUAGUGGUAGUCUGUAAUGAGUUGCAAUACUUUUCUUAUCUCACUUGGAAAAGAUUUCAAAAAUACAUCAUACUUAGAAGAGUGGCUUUCAACAACAAAAGAAAUGUCAGUGUCAUGAAAUCCUUUAAUGAGUGUAACCAUUUCAAUCUCCUUGAGGGGAACUGAGCACUUCACAGAAAUUCUCUACAAAAAUCCCCUUCACUCAUUAUUAAACCACAUACUGGAUAGGCAAGUAGAGAGUAUUAAGAUCUCAAAUUACAGUAAAUUGCAGUUUGGCAUCACCUCAGUGUUCUAUCAUUUGCUAACAUAGAAUAUCAUCUCGACCAUUUGUUAAAAUUUCCACUAUAUAUAAAUCAUCUCUUUACAUGAUGACUCAUCUACCAUCAAUGCUGUAUGCUUAGAAAUCCCUCCAGUCAGGGGAUUCCUUUAAAAACAGGUAACUCCAUUACAAAUUUAGAGACUGGGGAUUCAGUGUUUACAUACAUUAGAAUUGAAGCCAGAUGGGACAGAUGGAAGUUGAUCCCACUGUUCUUUACUUUGGGGCUGUGUUAGUUUCAAGGGCAAUCAGCAAAGCAGUCCAGACAGGACAGUGGAGUCAGAGGGGUUUUGCGUUGGCAAGAAACCUAAUUUUUUAACUGAAAUGAGAAGACAAAUCUUAGAACAUUCAUCUUUAUAAAUUGAGAAUUAUUCUAAAACAAAGGUACUCUCAUUGGCUUUCCUUCCAUUUGUGUUUUAUUUUUGAGAGGGAGAGAGCAUCCUUACAGAUUAAUUCCAUAUGUUACACUUUGAACUGUGGCCCACUUUGAUAACAUUCACACAAAGAAAACUUAAGUUCAGAGGCAAGUCCAGUGCUAUCAAUGAAUAAGAACCAAAAUUAUUGUGGGGACACAGGAGACAACAACGAUAAAACUCAGCAGGCCUGGCAAUGUCUGUGGACAGAGUAUCUGUGUUAUUGUUUCAAGUCUGAAGAGUUACUGGACUUGAAACAUUCUUUCUCUUUCCAUAGAUGCUGACAAACCUGCUGAGUUUCUCCAUAAAUUUCUUUUUUUGUUUCAGGCCUACAGCAUUCGCAGUUCUUUAUUUUAGUUUAGUAAAUAAAUGAUAAGAGUUUUGUUUGAAAUUUCCCUUUUUUUUCAAUUAGUCACUACAGUAGCGGAUGUAUUUGUGUGGGAAAUACUGCAUGGUCAAAUACAUACAAAAUUGAAUCAAAUACAUUCUAAUAUCUUCAGGACAUGAAUUGGAUGUAUAAAUCUGGAAUUGUGUGAACAAUAUGAAUUAUUUUGGAUGCUUUUAAUAACAAAGGUGAUUGUAACAAGUGCACAUUUGCAAGUAGAUAAUACCAAUGAAAAUUUAAUGGUGAGGAUUUUUUUCUGUGCUCAGUAAGCUUUGUGCAGAUUUUACUCUCUACCAUAUAUCCCAAAGGACUAGCAUAGAUGAAAAAGCUUGUGUAGCCACUGCCUCAUUUUUUUGUUAAGAUUCAUCUUACAUAGAUUUUCACACACUUGCUCUUUGUCUUUAGCAUAGCCUUCAUGGGAUUUAUCCAAAAAAAUCUCUACAUUUCAUCAAGAUGAAUGGUGGAAAAUGUGUUACUAUCACUUACAGUAGUGUGGAAACACCCCUUACCAAAAGAUUAACGUACAGAGAAUGUACGGUCCAUGUGGAAUCUUUCAACUUCAGUUGUGCAACUCCGUUAAAUCUCUAGGUAAUCCUUUCUUCUUCACAAUGGAUGAUGCCGUCACCUCACCCUUUUUACAAUAUCUAUGAUAACUCCAUCCACCCAAGCAGUACUACUUUCUUUUCCCCAGAGGAAACAGCAGUAGACCCAGUAACAUCCCACCGUCAAGUGUAAAGUGUAGAUAUGUGGGGACAUGGGGAGCAGCUAGCCUUUAUGUAGAUACAGUUAUAGAGUCAUAGUCAUACAGCAUGGAAACAGACCCUCGGUCCAACUAGUCCAAGCCGACCAUGUUCCCAAAUUAAAAUAGUCCCACUUGCCUGUGUUUGCCCCAAAUCCCUCCAAACUUUUCCUGUUCGUGGACUUAUCCAAAUAUCUUUGAAAUGUUGUAACCUACAUCCACCACUUUCUCUGGCAGUUCAUUCCAUACAUAAAUGAACUGUGUAAAAAGAUUGCCCCUCAUGUCCUUUUUGAAAUGUUCUCCUCUCACCUUAAAAAUAUGCUCCCUGGUAUUGAAUUCCUCCAGCCCAGGGGAAAUAUCAUUGCUAUUCAACUUAUCUAUGCCCCUCAUGAUUUCAUAAAACUCUCUAAGACACCCCUCAACCUCCUGUGCUUUAGUGAAAAAAAGUCCCAACCUAUUUUGAUAAUUCAAACUCUACAUUCCUGGCAACAUCCUGUUAAAUCUAUUCUAAACCAUUUCCAAAUUAAUAAUAUCCUUCCUAUAGGAAGGUGACAAGAACUGCACUCAGUACUCCAAAAAAGACCUCAGCAACAUCCUGUCCAAACUCAACAUGUUGCCUCAACUCCUGUAUUUAAUGGUCUGAGAUAUGAAGGCAAGAGUGCUAAAUGCCUUCUUAACCACCCUGUCUACAUGUGACACAAAUUUCAAAGAAUUACGUGCUGUUCUCUCUGUUCUACAACACUACCCAAAGCCCUACCAUUAAUUGUAUAAGUCCUGCCCUUGUUUGUUGUACUGAAAUGCAAUAUCUAACAUUUAUCCAAAGUAAAUCUCAUUGGCCACUUUUCAGCCCACUAACUAAGGAAUGGAGGGUUUGAGAUAUCAAAAUAGGGGGGGACGUUUUUCACUGGAGCAUAGGAGUUGAGGGGUUACCUUAUAAAGACUUAUCUAUGCCCCUCAUAAUUUUAUAAGGUGAAAAGCAAGGGUAUUUUCCCAAAGGUGGUAGAGUUUGAAAUCUAGGGGGCAUAUUUUUAACGUGAGAGGAGAAAGUUUUAAAAAAGGGCGAGGGACUUUUGUUUUUACUCAGAUUGGUUUAUAAAUGGAAUGAACUGUCCAAGGAAGUGGUGAAUGCAGAUAUAGUUACAACAUUUAAGAGACAUUUGGAUAAGUGUAUGAAAAGAAAACGUUGGAGGGAUAUGGGCCAAAGACAGGCAAGUGGGACUAGUUAGUUUGGUUGGGUGAAGGAAGUGAUAUCACAAGCACCAAUCAGGCUUGCACUUUUCAAACCCAUUUUAACUUAUACAUGAAUUAAAAGCAGAGUAGGCCACUUCCCUACUUGAUAAUCUUAAUCAAUAUUUCAUUAACUUUUUGCAGUGAAUGUAUAUAUGUGUUUCUAUCCAUUUCAAACAUUUGUAAUAAGUAACAAAAGAUUCUGUGCCAACCAGAAAGCAUCUGGGCCAAUAUAUCAUCAAAUAUUUUAGCUUCAACAAAGCUUUCCUCAGGGACAGUAAGAAGUGCUUCUCCCAAAGUUCAGUCACAGUGAAACACUUCUAGCAGAAGGUUUUUUUAAAAGGUCAAAUGUAGUAUACAGUUAUCUCCCUGGAAACAAUGUGAAUCAAACUAAAAGCUAAGAAUGACCUUCAGUUAUAAAGAUUUAAUAAUACGCAAUAAAUGCUGCCUUGUCAGUGAUGCCCACAUUCCUGUCUAAGUCAAAACAGUCGUGAGGCCCCAGAUCGUGGCUGAAUAUUCAGAUCAUUCAGUUACGGAACCAUUCUCUGUGAAUAAAUGCAUUUGAGAAUACCUCAGUUUCUCAGUAGUGUAUCUCAGAACUUCAUGGGCAUGUUCCUUGUGAUUUUCCAGGUGCCUGUCAUUAGAAAAAUAGGCAGAAUGCUUGAUGUGCAUUCCCGACAAGUGAGCCACCAUACCAGGAGUGCACAUUCAGAAAACUUGAAAUCUACAACUUGCAUGUGAAACUCAAUUUUCCAAUAGUAUUUUGACAAAAAGACAUCAACACAGUAUUGUCAGGUUACCAAUCAUAAGGAAUGCUCCAGCAUAGUUCAAAAUAUCUCUUUUAUCAGUUCUUUGGGAGGGGAAAGAGAGGAACAGCGACAUAAAAUAUUUCAACUGAGGAAGGCAGAUUUGUUUUGAAGUUGUUUCGCCUAUCUGGGGGAGAUUUUCAAUUACAGUCUAAUUGAAAGCAGCCUUAUUAAUAUUGAAAGCAGGGUUCUUGUGGUGCAGUGACAGCAUCCCUACCUUUGAGUCCAGAGGCUUGGAUUCAAAUUCCACCUGUUUCAGAGGUGUGUAAUAACAUCUCUGAACAGGUUCAUUUGGCAAAUAUCUCGACCUCUUCAGUUGUUCAACCUAGCAUUGUACAGCUACAAGUCUGUUUCCAUUUCGCUGAAUCAAGAUAGGGCAUUUCUACUAUCCUCCACAAUUCGGGAUCCAAUUCUAACUGUUGUUAUAACAGUGGCUGGCUGAAGACAUUUAAUGCAAAACAAAACCAAGUGUACAACAGAAGAAUAUGGCUGCUCUAGUUGGUUUAUGUGCCAAAUGUUCUGCCAAGAAUUCAGCGUGACAUUUUCACUAGUCAUGUUAGACCCUAUUGGCAUCUUCGUGGGGUGUUUACUCACUGGAAUAUGCAGUGUCAAAUAUGUAUCUCUUCUGUUUCGCAUCCAAUCAAGCAAGUAAUAGUGAGUAGCAAUACUAAAUUACUGAUGAGACCAUUGUGAGGAAGCACAAGGUGUGAUCUCUGUUGAUAUGAAAAUGCUAAUUAAAGAAACUUAAUUAUUUCUAAUUGUUGGACCACUAAGAACAAAGAAACUUAACAUCUGAAUCUGCCAACUUAACACCAAUUUCAGCCAUUCAGCAGAAAUGUGCUAUAGGCUUCAGAGUAUUUAUCAGAGUACAUGGAACCAACACAUGAGACAAAAAAAGAUCAGUUUUCUACUUAAUUAUACAAAACACCUUCCUCAGUCAAACUUUCUUGAGAACCAAAAAGUUUUCAGUGUCGAAACUUAAUAGUAACCUGUUCAUGAUCUUAAUCAGAGGUGAAGCUCAAUUAUCGUCAAGAUUUAGUCAGAGCUCCACAGUAAAUUGAUAUCCACAUACUGGGCAAUCUAUGCCUGAGUACAUUACAUGAAGCUGAAAACUCGCAUGUAUUUUUUUAAAAACAAUGGUAAUGGCUAUAUUGUUACAGUGCAUUAGAUGUUGAUGUUGGAGUUUAAAACUUAAGAAAGUCUGAAGUCAUUUGACAGUUUCUUGUUGUCUACAGGACUGUAUCUCUGGGAACUUUUCCCUCUCUCCCUGUAAAUGAGAGCAUUAUUUUCCUGCUGCUAUUUUAAAGGAAGGGAGCUAUUGCUUUGAGUUAGUUUGUUUUCCUUCAUACUCAGCUGUGAGACUAUCUCUUUAAGAUAUUAUUGUGAUUGUUGGUUACAAAAAUAUGCAAAGAACUGAAUACUCAAAUUAGGUAGCUAUUUUUGAGGAGGGAAGAGGGUGACAUCUUCACCUGAGCUCAGUUAAUUACUGUGCCAAAAUAAAUUGCAUUUUAAUUUGUAUCUGCUAAUAUAAUGGGCUCAACAUGACACGAAACAGAAAAGGGCACUGUGCAACUUUUCACCCGAAUGCAAUUCUCUCUGUCACGUGUUUGGGCACAGUUGAACCCUCAAUCUAAUAAUAAGUGGCCAUUCCUCAUGAGUGCAGAUUAUCACUGCUGAGCUCAGUACUUUUUGCUGGUUUGUAAACAUACACAAGUUUAACUCUGGGUAACAAUCAGGACCUCUCUCAGGAUAUGCUUAUACCCAACACCCAUCCCUUGAGCACAGAAAUUUUCAGCAUUAUGUCAAACUCAAAACUAUACUUUAAAGCAAAUGUAUUUGUUUGGUUCUGUAGUCCAUUUAUGUGAACUUCACAAACUAUCCGUUGUAAAUGGACAGACUACAGAAUGUACACAAACAAUGGUCGCGUCAACCCUCUGGUAUAUAUUUGUAAAACAAGUUUUACUUUCUGUCAAAGUUGUUAAUCUGCACAAAGCCAUUCUUCAAUCCUGAAGAUUAAACUAUUCACGAGUGCCAUUGGGCUUAUUUUCACUAGGCCUUGUUCUUAAUUGCUAAAAAUAAGUAUAUUUGAAAAGCAAAAUUGUAGAAACUAAUACUUUAUCAAAACAAAUUGUCAAUUGCCAGGCCUUCAUGCUCAAUACUUUGGAUCUAUAGCAAUGAAUAUUGUUGUCUCAUAUCACACACUGAUAUAAUGCAGAAGGCACAAGGUGGUGAAUUGUCUCAAUUUGUGAUGGGAGCUUACAUUUUGAAGAGUUUUUUUUAAGACAGAGACCCAUUUUGCAUUCAUUCUAAGUAAGAUGUUAUAAGUCUAUGCAAAAUAUUGAACUAACAUAUGGGGUGUUGUAUUCUUUCCUUCAGUUUAAAACAGGAAAACAAAUUUUACCUAAAUUGGUACAAUGCAUGGUGAAUGAUGGGCCAAAUGGCCUCUUUCUGCACUGUAAUAUUUCUGUGAUUUUGUGGUGCAAGGUAACUGCGGGCCUUGCAAGAUUUGAAAAGAUAUCAUGUUCAUUUGUUUAUCUUUUCCCAAACUAUAAGCAUGACAUGUAAAUCAGUCUCAGUCUGUUCUUUUGGUAGAUGAGAUUUCUGUUCAAGGACGUCAGCCCAUUUCUGUCACUUCACCUUUCCCCAUCCAUUUUUCGGGCUGCAGAAGGUCAUAUACAUCCUUUGAGAAGUUGUCCCCUCAUUGCUCACCGCUAAUACUAUUAUUAUACAUAUUCUAUUUCCCCUAGGGAGGUGCUUUGCUUCAGUACAUCACAACAGAGCAGGAUAAUCAAACACAUUCCAUAGUUUACAGUUGUGAUGGCUUCUUUCUUUACAAUGCUACAUAAUACUUCUAAUGGAUGAAAUGCAAUUUAGACGUGAAUCAAGUUUUCAGUAUGACUAAACCUCCAAAUUUAGCAGAACGGUAGAGCUGACAAGUUAACUUCAUUUGAUAGAGUGACUUUUACCAGCCACAAAAGAUGUUACUAGUUCCAAAAUUCAGGGAUGAAGUCGAGGCUAUCAAUUGUAUCUCUUUUAUUGUUGUUUAGUAACAGGAAGUGCCCUUGUUUCCAUGACAACAUGGCAACACUAGAGAAUCUAAUUCUGAGAAUAUUACUUUUGCUGCAUACAGUUCACCUUGUCUUAAAAAUUUUCAGCACUUUAUGAAAUGAAUCUUCUAUUUUAGCAUUUUGUGAAUCAGUCUUCUACUUUUGCCUUUUAGGAUGUACAGAUAACAAGAUUAGAUGUAAAAGUACAAGCCACAAUUUAAUGGAUACAUUUAUGAAACAUUACUUAAGGUAGUUUAUUUUUGAUUCCGUAUGUGGUUACUCACUAGUUUGUGAUUAAGUCAUGCUCAUGGUUUAGUUUUAACUUGUUUCCUGUAGCAAACCAUUUUUCAGGUUAUUGGGAAACUGCAUCAAAUGUCCCUCUUGCUGCACAGUAAAGAGGAGGCUGCCCGGUGAUAGCUGUAGAGACUUCAAGAGUUUGUUCACUCAACUGCUUCCAAGGAAAUGAUUAGCUUUGGAAAGGUCUCUUACCUGAUGGGACUUUUUUUUAAGGAAGAAGGUUAGAUAACAAUAGAGGACAGGACAAAUUGCUGCAAUAGAACUUCAUUGAAUGAGUAAUCCUGAGGACCAUGCUAAUGAUCUGAGCCUAUUCAUUUAAAAUCCACCAAUCAGUCAAUUUGUAUAAAACUAGGUUUAGUAAUGGUGACCAUGACAACCAUCAUUAAUUGUUGAAAAAACACGUCAUUUACUAAUGCCUUUUAGGGAGGGAAAUCUACCGUCCUUACUUCAUCUGGUCUACAUGCUACUCCAGACCACAUCAGCAUAGAAAAUUCACUGAUCUGUGAAAGGCACAUUUCUGGCAUCACUUCCUGCUUUACCGCACCUGAGAAUGCUUGAUGAGCUGAACUGUCCCCAAGAUUAAUGUUCUUUACCUUUACAAAGAUAAAGAAAAUAAGAUGACUUAUUAGGGAGUUUAAUAUGCUGCUACUGAAAAUAAGAAUACCUUAUAAUUCUCAGCAAUUUGAUCAGAACCAAUGGGAACAUAAGUGAAAGCUUCUUCAAAUCAAUGGAAGAUCUACGAUAGGCGCAAAACACGCUGAAGACUGUCUGAUCUGUGAACUGCAUUGCCUCUGGUGGUUGAAUACAGUAGCACCAUCCCUAUUGCUCAGGAACUUCACUUUCUGUUCAGAAUAGGUGGUCUUGUGCUGAUAAAUAUUCCUGCAGCUUAAUACUGGGUUAAUAUUAGUUACAGAGCAUGGAGUUUUCCAUACAGAAUCAAAGAGAAACUAAUAUGUAAGAAUAAAAAUUGAAGUUAUGUCUCAUGAACAGUUGUCUUUCAAGUUCGAUAAUGUGAAAAAUAUUUGAGGGGUGAUUUAAAAAUACGAAGGAUUUUGUCUUUAAGACCAGAUUUGACUGUAGCCAGUCAUCACUCACGUGUCUAGCACUGGUUUCCUUGACAUACUUCCUUUAAUCAUCACUUUCUAACUGCCUUAUCUCCUUAAUCCUUUCAACCUUGUCUACAUUCUCAUUACUUUCUCACUGAAAAGAAAUUUAAAGCUUUUGCUUUACUGAAGACAAUGGCUGCUUACAUUUUAUUGUCAGGGGGAAGAUAAAAUAAACCAACACCCCUUGUUUGCUCAGAAGUAAAAAAUCUGAACAUAAUUAUUUUCCUGUCUUAAUUUUGUAUUUUAAUAAUUGAAUUUGAGGAAGAUGCAAGAGUACCAACAUGAACAUUUUGUGAAGUAUAUAAUGGAUUAUAUAUCAGUUUCUAAUCCAGAGAGACUGCAUGUUCUAUUUUUAAAAGUGCUUUACCUUCUAUGUACGUACAGCUUCUGGUUUUGUAAAACUCUUGGAUUGCAUUGCUCUGAUUUGCUGUAACUGAAUGUUGAUUAAAAACUAAA